AUGGGCGUUCGUCUAGGCUGCUUGAGCGACUCCCCGUGGUGGCCGCCGCCGCUGCUGCUGCUGCUGUUCUGCACCGUCCCCUUCUGUUCAGGCAGGCCCUUCGGGAUUCCCACACCCUCCGUGAACGUCGCAGUGGUGUUCAGCGGCUCGGCCUACCAGACAGAAAUUAAGGGCCGGUUAAGCCGGGAAAACUUCAUGGACCUGCCUCUGGAGGUGAACCCCAUCACUGUGCUGGUCAACAACACCAACCCACGGGCACUGCUCACCCGAAUCUGUGACACCCUCUCGACUAACCGCGUCCAUGGCGUGGUGUUUGAGGACAACGUUGGCUCGGAGGCCGUUGCACAGAUCUUGGACUUCAUUUCCACUCAGACAGCUGUACCCAUCGUGGGCAUCAGUGGAGGCUCUGCUGUUGUCCUGCCAUACAAGGGCGAGGGUUCCAACUUUCUCCAGCUGGGCUCCUCCAUCGAGCAGCAGAUCAACGGCAUGUUCAAGGUGAUGGAGGAGUACAACUGGGACAGCUUUGUGGUCAUAACCAGCCUGUAUCCGGGCUACGAAACCUACGUGGAUUACAUCAAAUCCUUCACAGACACCAGCUAUUUCAUGUGGGAGCUGCAGGAUGUUCUGACCUUCGACAUGUCCUCCGACAGCAUGAACGACAUCCGGGCGCGAAGGCUUCUGCAGCAGAUCGACGCCCAGGUGCUGUUGGUCUACUGCUCCCAUGAAGAGGCUCAGUACCUGUUCACCAUGGCAGCUGAGGCCGGACUGGUGGGGCCAGGCUACAUCUGGAUUAUUCCCAGUCUGGCAGUGGGGAACCCAGACAUCCCCCCACCUGACAGCUUCCCUGUGGGGCUAAUCAGCAUCAUCACGGACCGGUGGAGGAUGAGCUUGAGAAAGAGGGUGCGGGAUGGGGUAGCCAUCGUGGUGAAAGGCGUGCAGAGCUUUCGGAAACAGAGGGGCUUUGUUCCUGAGGGCCACAGUGACUGUCACAACCCCGUCAAGCCAACUGUUAGUAACGACACUCUGUUCAGGCACAUGUUGAACGUAACCUGGGAACAUAAUGACUUCUCCUUCAACACUAAUGGUUACCUGGUGAAUCCAGCCAUGAUAAUCAUCACUUUGGACAGAGAGAGACAGUGGGACAAGGUGGGGACCUACGAGAUGGGGAUCCUGCAAAUGAGAUACCCUGUGUGGCCGCGGUAUGGCUCCUACCUGGAGCCGGUGUCAGACUACAGGCAUCUAACGGUGGCCACGCUGGAGGAGAGGCCUUUUGUCAUUGUGGAGGCAGUGGACCCUGUUACUGGUACAUGUGUCAGCAACACCGUACCCUGCCGCCGACAGUCCAACAAGACAGAGGCUAUCGUGGGUCACACUGAGCCCUACACUAAACUCUGCUGUAAAGGCUUCUGCAUAGACAUCCUGAAGAAGCUGUCCCGCACCAUAAAGUUUUCCUACGACCUCUACCUGGUCACCAACGGCAAACACGGCAAGCUGGUCCGAGGCAUUUGGAACGGGAUGAUCGGAGAGGUGUUCUACAAACGGGCAGACAUGGCCAUUGGCUCGCUGACCAUCAACGAAGAGCGCUCUGAGAUUAUUGACUUCUCCGUGCCGUUUGUGGAGACAGGGAUCAGUGUGAUGGUGGCAAGAAGUAAUGGGACUGUCUCACCAUCUGCCUUUUUAGAACCGUACAGUCCGGCGGUCUGGGUGAUGAUGUUUGUCAUGUGUCUGACUGUCGUUGCCAUCACAGUCUUCGUCUUUGAAUACUGCAGUCCAGUUGGGUACAACCGCAGCCUGGUCAGUGCCAAAGAUCCCGGAGGUCCCACCUUCACAAUUGGAAAGUCAGUGUGGCUGCUGUGGGGAAUCGUCUUCAACAACUCUGUCCCCAUUGAGAAUCCAAAGGGCACCACCAGUAAGAUCAUGGUUCUGGUCUGGGCUUUCUUUGCUGUCAUCUUCCUGGCUUCCUACACAGCCAACCUAGCAGCCUUCAUGAUCCAGGAACAGUAUAUCGACACGGUCUCUGGACUGAGUGACAAAAAGUUUCAAAAGCCACAGGAGCAGUACCCUCCGUUCCGCUUUGGUACAGUCCCAAAUGGCAGCACAGAACGCAACAUAAGGAGUAACUACCCCGAGAUGCACUCCCACAUGGUCAAAUACAACCAGAAGGGAGUGGAGGAUGCCCUUAACAGCCUCAAAACAGGGAAACUGGAUGCCUUUAUCUAUGAUGCUGCUGUGCUGAAUUACAUGGCUGGCAAAGACGAGGGCUGCAAGCUGGUGACCAUUGGCAGUGGGAAAGUGUUUGCCACCACUGGUUAUGGCAUCGCCCUGCAGAAGGAUUCACGCUGGAAACGACCCAUCGACCUGGCCCUGCUCCAGUUCCUGGCUGAUGGUGACACUCAGAAGCUGCAGACCGUAUGGCUCACAGGCAUCUGCCGUAAUGAGAAGAAAGAGGUGAUGAGCAGUAAGCUGGACAUUGACAACAUGGCGGGCGUCUUCUACAUGCUGCUUGUGGCCAUGGGCCUGAGCCUGCUGGUUUUUGCUUGGGAACAUUUGCUCUACUGGAAACUCCGACAUUCAGUCCGCAAAUCAGAGCGCCUGGACUUCCUCCUAGCCAUCAGUAGAGGCAUCUACAGCUGCUUCAAUGGAGUAGAGCAAACUGACCGCAAUGGGAGCAUGCCGAGUCCGGACGUCACGACCAACUAUACACAAGCCAAUAUGCUAAAAAUGCUGAAGACAGCCAAGGACAUGGUGUCCUCUGCCAGAGUGGAGAACUCUCUAGACAAUGCCACCAAAACAAUAGAGAACUGGAGCAGGCGUGGGGGCGACAAUGUGCGGGUUGGCAUGCCACCCAGACUGACCACCACAGACAUGUCUCAUGGCCGGCUGCCCUAUAUAUCCAGCAUCACAGACAACCACUCACCAUACCCUCAGAGGGCCCUCACACCCACCUUCCCAAUUCAUUAUGGGGACGCCGUCACCCAGCCGCUCCUGGAUAAGCCCCGAGUGGUGACCCGACCCACCCCGCUCCGCUACACGCUGCCCACCCGCAACACUCAGCAUGUCUUGGAGAGAACUCUGCCCAUCUCCAGCCUCAGUAGCCCUCACAUCGCCAUGCGGGACCCUGUUCCCCCCAGUACUUCGAACCCCCACCACAGCAGCAGGCUGUAUGUGGAGAACCAGGCCCGGCACCCCACGUCCCCUUUUGUUCCUUACAGGGAAUUCCAGGUGCCAGAUAUCUACGUGGAGCACAAAGGACCACUAAGAAGGAAGUUUAGCUACCCCCCUGACUGUGUGAGCCGGAGGAGGCGCUCCCAUAGCUAUGUGUUUGAUGCUGCAGACCCCAGAGCGAGAGGUGACUAUGAUGAACCUCGAUCCUGCCUUGCUGAGUUGAGGGCCAAUCACCUCCUGAACAACCACCCCCCUGUUGCUGCUGCCAUGUCCUGCACUGCAGGACACUAUCCAGGCGGCAGCACAAGCUGCAACUCCUGUAUGAAGUCCUACCUGGAGCCUGAAAUGGAUGACAUACCACUCCUGGGGAAGGACAAACUAAACCGCCGCGCCUCAUUCCUCAAAGCCACAUGGGGCAACGACAGGAUCCAUCAGGUAGAUGAAACAAAGCCCUCCACUUCCACAUCCUCCACCCGCGUAGACAUGCCUGACCUGUUUCCUCGGGUGGUAGUGGCCAACCCAAAGCCCCACAAGCUAUAUGGCAGUCUGGGGCACAACCUGUCCUGCUACCCCUUGGCUGCUGAGCCUGCCUACUUGGACCCAGCCCACAUGGGCUCCUACCCCUAUAAGCAAAAGCUCAAGUACUCUGAGUCCACCCGGCUGCCCUCUUACAGGGAAGCCAUCCUGCAGAAUGCCGCUGCCCUGCGCCGCUCCUCCUCCACAGUGGUGCACAGACACUACUCCACCUACCUGAACUCGUACACAGACUUACCAGUGUAUGUGGGGCCACUGGCCCAGGGACCGUCCCAGUUUUAUGACAGUUCCAAGGACAUGUGCCACUUGUUUCCCUGUACAAGCCACUGCCCAGAUAAUGCAGCAAUGUUGCCUCGUAUGAAUGAAAGGCAGGUGGUUUACCACAACAAUAUGUUUGGGGCCUAUGAUGGCACAGGAAAAAGGGAAGACCCAGGCUCUGGGAGCAGAGAGCGAAGGCAGGUGUUGGUGGCGCGCAGAGUUAACAGUCCCUAUGUGCCAAAGCCCUGGGGCAGGGUAUCCAGCCUGGAGUCUGAGGUCUGAGCCCCCAUCCUUAGUGGACUUCCACUAUAGGCUCUAAAACUUAGCCCCUAUAAUGAGGGGCAUGCCUGGUGGUUCCCCCUCAGCCUCUGGUUUAAGCAAAAAUUAAACUCUACACCAAUAGUGUAUUUGAGAGUGUUGACUCUCAAUUAUCAGUGCAAUAAUAUCUUGGGCAGCGACAUGUAAAGGAGAAGACACUGACAAGCAAAUUACUGCUGGGACUUUGUAAGCCAAACUUAAAAUACUAAUAAAAAGAAAAGAAAUGUUGAAAAGUAUUUAAUACAUAAGAAUUUAACCUGUUGAUUGUUAUUUAAAGGAUUUUUAAAUGCUGUGUUGCUAUGUGAAAGAAUUCUGGGAGACAAUAUACUGUAGCCUCUCAAUCUGAUUAUGACUUGAGACAUUGUUCUCUUUUUUUUUCAAAAUCAUUUCAGUACCCACCAUUUCAAUUGAGAGAUAAAUGAUUAAGACAAUUUUGUGAUCAAACCACUGACAUGUUGUCUGUGGAUUUUCUAAGUCUGCGACCUUGGGUGCGCAGCUCUGAGGCUUCCUGCUCCAUUGAUCAUCAUGUAAUUUGACUGGGAUUUUAAAAAGG